UCGACUGCCGGCAUCGGAUCAGACAGCUUAAUGAGCUUUAAUUUCGCAUUAACAACAGCAACUACGUCUGUUUGUUGUUACGUAGCAAUGCAGCCGCGAACUUGGCAAGCAACUUACGAUUUAAACACUGAGCUGAGCCAGUCGGAUUCGACAUCGCUGCCCAUGCCUAGAAUACGAGCGCAUACGCAUUUAUCAACGGCGCCCGCUGCACAGCCAGACUAUUGGAGCUUAUAUGCAGUUGGUGCUGAGAGGCCAAGAUCGAUGCAUAAAAACAUAUCAGCGCCGCAGGAGCUUUAUACAGAGACACAGCGACGCAAGCUGAAGCAGUAUUAUGCCGAUUUGAUUGCUGCGGAACGUUAUCCACUGCCCUGGUGCUAUCUUUGUCAGCUCUGUCCGGAUGUCAGCUUGCUGAAGAGUCGCAUUAAAUACGCGGAUACUUGUCGCAAUGUUUACUGUUGGGGACCCAAGCAGCUUGGCCAGAAACUGGGACGAACAUAACAUUAGUCUGUUAUAUACGCUUAUAUGUCAAUGUAGCUUUUCUUUAAAAUACUAAAUGUAUUUUAUAAGAGAGAAGUAGCUUUGACAUAUGAGUGCAUAGUUCAAGCUAAACUAUUUAUAUACUUAACCAAACAAUAAUAGACUAACAAGAUGUAAUUAUAAAUGCAACAUGAAUUAUAGACGAGAAAUUUCAA